AUGGGUCACAAGGCAGAUGACAGGUCUACUGCUAGCAUGAUUGCGGCUUAUGAGACUAAAAAUCUAUUGGACAAGGCCUUGGAUCUUUUGCUGCAGCUUGAGAAGGAUGGCUUUGAGCCUGGUGUUGCUACUUACAGUGUUCUGGUGGACUGGUUUGGCCAAUUACAGUUGGUUGAGGAAGCCGAAGAUUUGUUGAGUAAGAUCACUGAGCUGGGUGAGGCUCCUCCUUUAAAGCUUCACAUAAGCCUUUGUGACAUGUACUUGAAAGCCGGGAUUGAGAAGAAGGCUCUUCAAGCCUUAGGAGUUAUAGAGAGUAAGAAGGAUCAACUGAAUCAUGGAGAGUUUGAGAGGGUUAUCAGAUCACUUAUAAAUGGUGGAUUUGCCCAAGAUGCUAAGAGAGUACAAGGAUUAAUGGAAACCAGGGGUUUUACUGCAUCAGAUCAACUUAAAGUGCAUCUGAUGGCGAUUGAGACUUUAAACAACACCAAGAGACCAACUUGGUCUAAACCAAUGUUGCAGGUAAAGCGGUAA